GGUUCCUCUUUCUGAUAGUGGUCCGACCAAAUCCUCCUCUAAAUUUAUUUGAAUAUUUAGCUGUCCUCAAAAGUAUGCUCAAAAGCGUCUCAGCCUAGACCAAGUCAAGUUCUCUAUAUACCGUGCAAGGCCUUAUAUGUAUACCGUGGACGAAGUUGAAGUCUAGGGCAGCGUGUGCCACAAGAUCGGUUGCUUGGUUGAAGUUUGAUCGGUUGAAAAUUGUUGUAUUGUUUCAUCGCUGCAUCUGUUGCAUCCUAAUCUCAAUCUCAUAUCUGAUCUGACAAGCUACUAUGGACACUUUCCUGUUUGGUGACUCGGAGGAUGACAAUGUCCAACCCAUGCAAAGCUGUGGCGUCUUCUUAAAUAAUGGAAAAGGGAAGAGCAAGGCAGGGAAAGGCUCCAAAAGAAAAGCCAGAAAAGGUCGUGGCAAAGCAUGCAAAUCGAAUGCUGGUGCUUCCAUUGGAGCUUCUGCUCCAGCGAGUACAGAGCUUCACAGUGCAGAGCAGGACCAACUACCUGAGACUGAUGAAGUACCAGGGGUGCAAACAUGGAGCACUCGCCAAGCAGCAGAAGCUGAAAAUUGGGAUGGCAUCAGAAGUGCAAUCUUUCAGGAUGUUGUUACUGCUCAUGCGGUACCGCCACCUGGAUCGUUGUGCUCCAUCUGCGGUAGUGGUGCCAGCGUGAUGUGCGACAACUGUCCCGUACUUGCCUUGUGCCGAGACUGUGAUGUAGGGCGGCAUACAUCACAGCCGUUCCAUCGUCGGCGGCAUUGGACGCGUGGAUUUCUGGAGGCAUUGCAUCCUAGCGUUACUGUCUCGGCAACUGGUGAAUACUCGGAGUUUGCGCCUCUUCUACCCUUGCAUGGAUCACAGAAACAGUGCUUCCGCUGCAGUGGGCAAUGCGACCUUCGAGCCUCUUCGUCAACAGUCAUUGUCAUCACCUUGCAAGGUCGAUUUGAUCUUCACCUUCCGAUGUGGUCAUGCUCGUUGUGCAACAAUGAUCAAGAAGUCGAGCACGUCGACCUGGUGCGAUGCGGCUUUUAUCGAGCAUCCCCUGUCCGGCUCUGUACCGUCGUCCAUGAAGCCGUGUUCAUCACGUGGCAGGAACUAAGGAGCCACUCUCCAGGAACUUCGCUUACUGCGUUCGUCGCGGCGCUCCAGGAACUCGGGAAACGCUAUGGCUGCCGAGGACCCGUCGACCUUGAGCGUCUGGAGAAGGCAUUCACCGAAUGGACAUGCGUGCAGUUUGAGCUUCAAGGCCUCCAGGGCUCAGACUACAUGGAGUGUGAAGCUUGCGGAGCGGAUCCCAAGUGCGUCCAUUUAGAUGGCAACGCUAAACUGUACCGGUAUCGGUCAUCAGGAAGCAGCGAAGUGUCGUCAGCCUACCAUGUGGGAACGUUCAUCGCGGACAAAACGGCCGUCGAUGCACAUGUAACAAAGCUGAGCGGUGUGACAAAGACCAGUAACCGCUGUGGGCUGUCAUCGUGGGCUGCUGGGCGGAACAACCCUGAAAAACCGCCGUCGAAACGGUCUCAAGACGAAACUGGACUGAUUGUGGCGACCUGCCGUCACAGUGUCAUCUUGGCGGGAUGCAACAUGUAUCGCGGGGAGUCGUAUGCCUACAGUCAUUAUUUACACCAAUCGCGAUUCCCAGCCGUCAAGUAUUAUGCAAGCGACAUAGUGUGUAAAUACUGGCCCUGGACUCAGCGUGUUUCGAGGCGUUGGCCUGAAUACGACACCCAUGGCUCGGAACCCUUCCUUAGCGUCAUGCACGCUACUGGCCAUGCUUACUACUGCCAGAUCACAUUUGGCGGCUUCUGGCGUGAAGGCUCUGGGUGGUCGGUCAUGGAAACGACCGAAAUCGCAAACGCGUUCCUGAGCCGAGCGUGCAACACGACGAAGUACAUGACCUCAGCACAGAGGAACGACGCGCUCACCGACAUGGUGCUGAAAUACAACGAGGAAAAGCACCGACGCAUGCCAACCCUCUUGAUCCGCAAGAUGAAGGAGGCAGAAAGGAGGAUCCCGAUGCUCCAGUCCCAGCUCGACACCGCCCUGCGAGAAAACGGCAUCUCUUCGGACCAUAUCAACUCUCUGGUCGACGAACUGCGAAACCUCGCAGCAUCUCUCAGCAGCAGAGACGUCCAGUCACACGGAGGCAACCUGGAAAAUGCCAUCGAGAUGGUAAGCGAUAGCGUGAGAGUUCGCCACGCAGCCACAACGAACGCAGCGAGCACUGCGAAGGGCAGGGCGCGAUACCGCAGGCUCGUAUCUGCCGACAAGCUGAAGCUAUCUAAGCUCUUGGCCCAAUACGAACGGGAAAAUGGUACGACCAUCGAGAUGACGGAGGCUGUUGAGGGCGUCUUUCCCUGGCACGUCCAGACUGGAAAUGCCAGUGGAAUUGCGCUUUCACUGUCAGCGAAACGUGCCGUCUGCGACUUGCACAUGCGUCUGGAACGAUCACGCGAGGAGUUAGAAAUCGUUCAAGAAGAAAUGCUUAACCUGGUCGCUCAUUCAAAGGACGUCGUGGACCGGCUUUGCCAUACCCUCACGGUCGUGACGAACCAGAUUGCGCGCCCAGAAGAAGAGCGAGAGGCUGUCCUGGAGCCGGUCGCAGCUGGUGACCGUUACUCACUCAGGCUUGAGUCAACCCCUGUACUGCACGGUCUUCAGGCCCUAUUAACUGAAGCCGUCAUACAGCGGGGACUCUACCUGGAAGAGGCCUCUUCUGUCUUACGAACAUACCUCACGCCAGGUUCAACAAAAUCGCCAACGAGGACCAGAAGAUCGGGACUAUGCUGAUUAGCUUCAAGGACACAGUCAGGCAAGUAAUCAUAGGAAUUGAGAGAGAUUGUCGGUCGCUAGUGCUGUUCGGUGGAAGAUAAAUUGAGCAGCGUCGUUUUAUGGAAUUUGAUUUUCACCCAUAUUGAUAGCUCCGAAACGUUAAAGCAUAGAAGAAAUGACUACGACGACUGGGCACAGCUAUCGUUAACUCGUGCAUCGUUGUCAGGUGGGAAAUCAUAUCACACUGAGCACAAGACAAUAUAUGAUGGGCAAUAUGCAAUAUACACAAGGUCAUGUAAAGUGAUUAUUUGGUUAUGUUAAACACUGGACGCAUGUACGGCCGGCGCUGUGCGAACCGGCACCGGAAACCCAGCCCCAGC